UUUUGGGAUGGCAGGCGGCGGCGGAGGGAGGUCAAUAAGGGCGCUGAACGUGGCAGAGAAGCCUUCAGUGGCUAAACAGGUGGCUGGUAUACUGUCGAAGGGCGGGAUGAGAGCAAGAGACGGGCGGUCCAGAUACAAUAGGAUAUUCGAAUUCGACUGCGUGGUUAGGAGCCAGUUAAUUCAAAUGUCCUUCACCUCAGUCACUGGCCACCUAAUGGAGCUCGAAUUCGACGACAGGUAUCGCAAGUGGCAUUCCUGUGACCCCCUCGAUCUCUACCACGCCCCAGUUAAGAAAUAUGUGCCUCAGGAUAAACUGGACAUCCAGAAAACACUGGAGGAAGAAGCUAGGAAGUGUCAGUGGCUUAUCUUGUGGCUUGAUUGUGACAGAGAAGGAGAAAAUAUAGCAUUUGAGGUGGUUGAUAUUUGCACAAGAGCAAAUCGAAAUAUUAACAUUUGGAGAGCACGUUUUUCUGCCCUGACUGAUAGGGACAUCUAUGAUGCAAUCACGAGGCUUUCUCCGCCUAAUCAAUUGCAGGCAGAAGCUGUUGAUCUUCGACAAGAAAUAGAUCUGCGAAUUGGAGCGUCUUUCACACGGUUUCAGACUAUGCUAUUGAGAGAUGCAUUCAUCAUUGAUUCCACUACAGAUGAUACAAAUGUUGUUUUAAGUUAUGGUCCUUGCCAGUUCCCUACCCUUGGUUUUGUUGUGGAAAGGUUCUGGGAAAUCCAAGCUCAUCAACCUGAAGAGUUCUGGACUAUUAACUGUACUCAUAAUUCAGAAGAAGGCACUGCUACCUUUAAUUGGAUGCGAGGUCAUUUAUUUGAAUACACUUGUGCAGCAAUAAUAUAUGAAAUGUGUGUCCAGGAACCCACUGCAACUGUAACAAAUGUUAGACACCAGGAGAAGCCUAAGUAUCCUCCUUAUCCUUUGAGUACAAUAGAGCUGGAAAAACGUGCUUCGCGUUACUUCCAUAUGAGUUCAGAAAAGACCAUGAAAGUGGCUGAAGAUCUGUAUCAAGCUGGUUUCAUCAGUUAUCCCCGCACAGAGACUGAUAGCUUUUCAUCGACAACAGAUUUGCAAACUAUGGUGCAAGAGCAGCAAGAACACCCAGUAUGGGGUACUUAUGCUCAGCGGUUACUGGAUCCUGAAGCACGUCUUUGGAGAAAUCCUAGUAGCGGAGGACAUGAUGACAAAGCUCACCCUCCCAUUCACCCAACAAAAUAUUCAGCCGGAGAGUCUGGGUGGAGUCAGGAUCACCAUAAGGUUUAUGAAUUGGUUGUCCGACAUUUCCUGGCUUGUGUUUCUCAACCAGCCAUUGGUGCUGAAACUACCGUUGAAAUUGAUAUUGCGGGUGAACAAUUUGCUGCAUCUGGAAGAGUGAUAAUUGCUAAAAAUUAUUUGGAUGUAUAUCGAUUUGAAUCAUGGGGAGGCUCUAUUAUCCCGACGUAUCGGUAUGGGCAACAGUUUAUACCAACUACAUUGACUCUUGAUUCUGGAGUGACCAGACCUCCUCCUCUUCUAAGUGAGGCUGAUUUACUAAGUUGUAUGGACAAGGCACAAAUUGGAACAGAUGCGACUAUGCAUGAUCAUAUAAAAAAGCUUAUAGAUCGAUUUUAUGCCACUAAAGACUGUAGCAUGCGUUUCUCACCUACAAAACUUGGUGAGGCGCUAGUCAUGGGAUAUGAUGAGAUGGGUCAUGAAUUGUGGAAACCACGUCUCCGUGCUGAGAUGGAGAGUGAUAUGACAGCAGUUAGUGAGGGUAGAAAGAGAAAAGAUGAAGUUCUGCAAACUUGCCUACAACAGAUGAAAGCCUGCUUUCUGGAUGCUAGAUUAAACAAAGGAAAGCUAUUUGAAGCCAUGGCUGUUUUUUUUGAGAGAUCAAAUAGACCUACUGGCAAUGAGCAGAAUGCAGUUGGGGAUGUUGUUCGGAAAUGUGGCCUUUGUGAGGAAUCAGAUAUGGUCCUCAAGAAAAAGCCGGAUGGAAACUUCAUGGUUGGGUGUUUAGGUUACCCUCAAUGUAGAAACGUUGUUUGGCUACCAGGAUCAGUAUCAGAUGCCGUUGUUACCACAAAUAUCUGCAGUACUUGCUCUCCAGGACCAGUUCUUAUGAUUCAAUUUAAAUUUCGUCGACUGGAGAUACCUCCUAACUACACUACUGAUCAUCUGGGCUGCAUAGGUGGUUGUGAUGAUACUUUGAAGCAGCUAGUGGAAAUAUGUGGAACUGGGUCCCGCAACAACUCCAAUGCCCCUGGAAGAGUGCAAAGGCAUACAUCAUCAUCCAGCACUGCCCAACAAAGUGAUUCUAGAAAUCAGACAUCUUGGCAAACAAGGCACUCUUCUGGUUCAUAUCAUUCUGAGAAUGCACGAGGUCAUAAUGCACAACCGCAGGAAGCUGUUGCAGGAGAUGGAGAAUCUACAAUAUCAUGCACCUCCUGCGGCGCACCUUGCAAUUUGCGAACAGCCAAUACUCUAGCUAAUAGAGGGAGAAAGUUUUAUUCAUGCCGAGCUCAGGGGUGUAACUUCUUUGUUUGGGAAGAUAGUGCAAAUGGAGUAACAGCAACGCAAGGAAGCAAUAACAGAUCAGCAUCCAGUGGUGGCAGAAGAGGUGGUCGUGGUAGGGGUAGCCGGAGUAGAGGAAGGGGAAAUGAUAUGUCUUUCGUGUCUGCUAUUGGUGAGCCGAUAUCAGGAAGGUGUUUCGUUUGUGGAGAUCCAGCACACUUUGCAAAUGCUUGCCCCAAUCGCGGCAGGUAGACCUCAAAGUCUUGGUUCUUGUACUAUCAGUUUCUGAGGGUCAUGCACCCGACUAGUGAAUUGUGCAUAUCUGUAUAUACAAAUAGUGGUUUAGACCAAAAAGAUCGUUUUAUGUUCCAA